GUAUCCAGCCUGCAUGGACAGGGCAACAUUCGCCUGUUCCACUGCCUUUUUUCGUGACUACAGCAGUUCAUCUCAGGGUGCGUUCUGCCUCCCCGGAGGACACGUUGACUUUAUUGAAAAAGUAGAAUCGUUCACUUAUUCAGACUUUUUCCGGGAUUAUUUGAUUCCCAACCAUCCCUGUAUUUUCUCAGCUAAAUUCACGGAAGACUGGGGCAGCAGGAGAAAUUGGGUUACUUGGGAUGGAAAGCCUAACUUUGAUCAUUUGCUGCAGAAGUUUGGAGAGGCUGUAGUACCUGUUGCCAACUGUGAUGUCAAGGAGUACAAUUCUAACCCAAAGGAGCAGCUCCCCUUCAAGGAGUAUAUAAAGUACUGGAAAGAGUACAUUAAAAAUGACUACCGUUCAUCCCGAGGGUGCCUUUAUCUAAAGGACUGGCACCUGAGCAGAGCUUUCCCCGAGCAAGAUGUUUAUACAACCCCUGUGUAUUUCUCAUCUGACUGGCUGAAUGAAUACUGGGAUGCUAUAGCUGUGGAUGAUUACCGGUUUGUCUACAUGGGACCUAAAGGUUCAUGGACUCCAUUCCAUGCUGAUGUCUUCCGUUCCUAUAGCUGGUCAGCCAAUAUAUGUGGGAGAAAGAAAUGGCUGUUGUACCCUGCGGGACAGGAGGAGUACCUGAAAGACCGCCAUGGCAACUUGCCCUUCGACGUGACUGCACCUAGUCUUCAGGACAGGAGCGUUUACCCUCGCUACAACCAAAGUCAACCCCCUGUUGAAAUUGUGCAGGAAGCAGGGGAGAUAGUCUUCAUCCCUAGCGGAUGGCAUCAUCAAGUUUACAAUCUGGAGGAUACCAUUUCCAUUAACCACAACUGGGUGAAUGGCUGCAAUGUGGCUAUAAUGUGGUGCUUCCUACAGGAUGAAUUAGCAGCUGUCCAGCGGGAAAUCAAUGAGUGGAAAGACCCUAUGGAUGAUUGGCACCUACAAUGCCAGUUGAUCAUGAAGUCUUGCACGGGUAUAGACUACAAGGAGUUCUACAACUUCCUCAAAGUCAUUGCCGAGAACAGGAUUUCUGUCUUGGAAAACGGCCUCGAUGACGAAGCUUCAGCAAAGAACACUCCCAAAGCUGCCAUUUCCACCUUAGGCAUGCUCCAUGCAGUGUUUGAUUUAAAGAGGACUGUGAAGGUGUUAACAUCUUUGAGUGCUAAUGAAGAUUUCAAGAAACUAGACCUGACGUCACUUUCUCCACCUCCGGAGGCAUUGCUCCACCACUUGAAAGCAGCAAUAGAUACAGCACUACUCUAACUUCCUAUUUAUUCAGUUCUUUGUAAAAUGAAACUUUUGCAAAAUGGGUGUUUGUAGAAGACUGACUCCUCCCUAAUAGCCGUUGC